UACAAAAAAUCUACAUUAUCAAAAAAGGAAUUGUUUAUAUUAUAAGAGGAAAGUUUUUUUUUUAAUAUUCAAGAGAGUAUUUUGUGUUAUACUUAGUAUUGGAUCAAUUAUGGUUGGGAUUGGGAAUUUAGUAAUUCAAAUCUGACCCAUAAAUGAGUCAUUUUUUUGAAUCCAAGUCCAAAUCAAAUAACUAUUUGGGUCGGACUGGAUUAAUUUGGGAUUCCAAAUAGGCUGGUCGAGCCGUUCCACUUGAAGUCAUGCAUGGGGUCGUUAUUGCGUGUGGCUGAGUUUGUGUUUCACUAUGUUUUUAGGUUUAAUUUUUGUUUUGUACCUAAUGAAGAUGCGGUCCAGGUUAAAAGUAUGGACGAGGUGUGGGUUGGGUAGAGGGGGAGCCUGGUAGAGUCAUCAUUAGAAAGUUAAUUAUAUAACAACGAAUACAUUUUAUUUAAAAAUAAGUAUAACUUUCAAACAUGUUUUAAUAUUUAUUAUCUUUGAUUUUUCUUCCUGUUUAAAUUUUAAAGUUUCAUAUCUUAAAAUUGUAGAAGUUGGGUCAUCUCUAAAUUUCUCCAUCCGAAAGUUUCACUGCGUUAAUUUCGAAUCCAUACGGAAACAUUUAUUGUUGUUGUUGUUGGCUUAGGGUCGGGUUGGAUGUUGGGUUUGUGUAGGUGAUCACGUUGUUUGGACCAUGUUGGCCAGACGAAAAAUAUGUGGCUGUUGCUCCCAGAACCUGUACGAUGCAUGCAUGACAAAUUAUAUAUAGCACGGUGUGGGAAGCGAGAAGUUUUCUGAUUAUCACUUCAAUCAUUAGACUGGGAACUACGGAACAUGGUUGUUAAAACUGCCCUAGUUUUCGUGAUUAUUUUUCUCCUAUUUUCUUGAAUUCAUUAACAUUUUGGUUUCAUCUCACCCAGCUAUAAUGUUGUAGAGUUUGGCACGUGCAAUGCAUGUGUGCAAUCCAGUGAUGCCUUGGUAGGGGAUGUGAUAACAAUAAGCAGGAGGCGAAUUUGGUGGUGCUUAUUAUAUACUUGAAAAUUUUCAUGUUUGAUCAUAGUGGGGGAGGUAAAGGGGUGGUCUGUUCCUUUUUUUUUUUUUGUGCUUAUACUUUCCCCAAUUAGUCUUCUUGGGCUACAUGUUGAUUCUCAAUCUCAGAAAUGACACAAAGAUUAGAGAGCGCUUAUCGAGCCAAACACAGAAUAACUUCUUUGAACCAUGAGAAAAAGCUUCAGUCAUCCGUGCAUUCGCCCCUUGGCUAGUCCAUAACUCAUCCACAGAGGAUCUGAGACUCGGAAUCAUAUUCUUCCACUUCGGGGAACAAGAAUAUAUUACUAAUUUCCGCUUAAACGGGGGAAUUUUUUCAUAAAGCCCCCCACCCCCGGCGGAAGUUUUUCUAUAUAGUCCAAAAAUAUAUUUUCGUCCUAGUCCCAAGUCAUGGUCAGAAUUUCUAAGGCCGACGAAGUCCCAUGGAGACGCACGAUGCGCAGUUCUAAUGCAGAUGUGCGGCGGUUCCGUCACUUUAGUCGCCCAUACGCUGCGGCUGUGGCUGGUCGGCCUACGGCUCUCUCGAGAGAAAGCCGCCGUCUUGUUCUUCUCAUGGCGGCCGGAGAAGCGCAAAAGGAGUCCGAGGAACGUAGAGGAGGAGAAGCGCUGAUGGCUGAUAGGGUCAGAAAGGAGCCUCCUUGCCAGCCCCUUUCACCUCAGACCGCGAGAUCCCUCGCCGAAUCCGUCGAUGCCUUCCUCUUCGACUGCGACGGAGUCAUCUGGAAGGGCGAUAAGCUUAUCGAAGGUGUUUCCGAGGCGUUGCAAGCUCUCCGAUCGAUGGGGAAGAAGCUGGUUUUUGUGACGAACAACUCGAGGAAGUCGAGGAAGCAGUACGCCAAGAAGUUCGCUGCUUUCGGGCUUGAUGUUAGCGAGGAUGAGAUCUUCUCGUCUUCAUUUGCAGCAGCAAUGUUUUUGAAGUUGAAAAACUUUCCUAAAGAUAAAAAGGUUUAUGUUGUCGGUGAGGAAGGCAUAUUGGAAGAACUUGAACUAGCUGGUUUUACAUGCUUAGGUGGUCCUGAAGAUGGCAAGAAGAACAUACAGCUAAAGUCAAACUUGUGGUUUGAACAUGACAAAAGUGUUGGAGCUGUUGUUGUUGGACUUGAUCAGCACAUCAACUUUUACAAACUCCAGUAUGCAACUCUGUGUAUCCGUGAGAACCCUGGGUGCCUUUUCAUUGCCACCAACCGUGAUGCUGUUGGUCACUUUACAGACUUGCAAGAAUGGCCAGGUGCUGGAUGCAUGGUUGCUGCAAUAUGUGGAUCAACACAGCGAGAACCUAUUGUUGUCGGGAAGCCAUCAACCUUCGUGAUGGAUUUUCUAUUAGAGAGGUUCCAAUUUGAUACUUCUAAAAUGUGCAUGGUUGGUGACAGAUUGGACACUGAUAUACUUUUUGGGCAAAAUGCUGGCUGCAAGACCCUUCUUGUUCUCUCAGGUGUGACCACUUUAUUGGAACUUCAGAGUCCUUCAAAUAGCAUCCAUCCGGAUUAUUAUGCGAGAAGUGUAUUUGAUGUUAUCGAGCUAUUACGAACUUGAUGUUCUUUAGAACAGAUUCGGUGCGACUAUGUCAAAAAUUUUCAUGGCUCAUUUCCUAAAAUAAAAGCUGCGUGAUGUAACUGUUACUGAGUUUUAGAUAUGUCAAAUGUAAUUCUUACAAAUUUUGUUUGUCUUGUUGUUAACAUUAAGUGAUCAGAUCCAUAUUACUGAGUAUUAACUGUCCUGUUAAUUUCUGAGGUUUUCUGAUGUGAAGGGGAAUUAUCCAUGCUACUGGGACUUGCUCAUUGUGCUAUGCAGAUCUGAUACGUUAACAAGUCCUUAUUGUGAUGCAUCUACAGAAGAAAAUGUAGCACAAUUUAUUUGUUAUAAUAUGCCUUUUUGAUACAA